CCAAUUAGCGUGCGGUGGCCCGAGCGUCUUCUCAACUUCUCGCUCAAGCUUCAGACACACAGCAACAACAAGCACUCAGCAUUCGCCAUCAGCGCCUUUCAACUUCAACUACGAGGCUUCCUAGCUCUCAUCUGUAAAUACCAUGGACCUUGCACAACGACCACCUUACAGCACAGUUGACUUCAAAGCACUUGCCAAAGCUGACCCAGACUUCAAGCAAACAUGGCAAGCGUGCUCCGGCAAACUCGAUUUUCAGGACCCGAGCACUCUCCAAGUCUUGUCCAAGGCUAUCCUCAAGGUCGACUUUGGCCUUGAACUCUCCGUCCCAGAUGACAGGCUCUGCCCACCAAUACCCAACCGGUGGAACUACGUAUCCUGGAUUCAAGGCUUGCUUGACUCUACAGCACCAUCCUACUCCAACAAGUAUGACCCUGAGAGAGAGGCCACGGGUCUUGACAUCGGCACCGGCGCAUCAGGCAUCUAUGCGCUGCUGUGCAUGAAGAGCAGGUCAAACUGGACCAUGUGUGCUACCGACAUCGACAAGAUCUCUUUCGGAUCUGCGGCUGCCAAUUUUGCAAAGAACAACCUGCUAAGCAGGACGAAAAUGCUACACACCACUCCCUCGAUGCCUUUGAUCCCACUUGAAGCACUAGGCACACAGCAGCUAGACUUCACACUCUGCAACCCACCCUUUUUCACCGACUCCACCGAGAUGGAGAGGUCUCUCAGUGGCACAGGAAAAGCUACAGGGCCAAACGCUAUCUGCACAGGCUCCAGCAAUGAAAUGGUCUGUUCUGGCGGUGACCUCGGCUUCGUCACGAGAAUUGUCGAGGAGUCCCUUGUUCUUCGCGACAAAGUGACAUGGUACAGUAGCAUGCUUGGCAAGCUUUCCAGCGCCAAAGCUAUUGUCGAGCUUCUUAAGUCGCAUGGUAUCACUAACUGGGCUGUCGGUGUGCUAGAUCCGGGGACGAAGACCGGGACAAAGAGAUGGGUCGUUGCAUGGAGUUUCGGUGACGCGAGACCACGAAACAGUAUUGCUCGUCCGCCUGGUGGUAGCUUCCCACACGAACUGCUACCUUUCCCAACUUCAUACAAUAUAUCGCUGCCUUCUUCGAUGAUCGGCUCUGCCGCUAUCGAUAAGCUGAACGAUCAACUAUCGACUUUGGACUUGGUCUGGAAGUGGCACACAGCAACAGCGACUGGCGUCGGUGAAGCGUCGGAGAACGUUUGGGGAAGAGCGUACAGGAGAGCAUACGAACGGCGGAAGAGAGAAGGCCAGGUGGAAAUGCACGCUAAUACGUUCGACAAAAAGGCGAAGCUGGCCUUUCGCAUCACUGUUAUCCAGCUGGCUGGCGAGAUCGUGCUUGAGUGGCUUAGGGGAGAUGAUCAGGUCCUGUGGGAGAGCUUCUGCGGCUGUGUGCAUCGGUGGUUCAAACAGACGUAGAUAACACCUGCCUGCUAGGGUUCUGGUGCAAACGGGAAAGAGCAGGCACCCACUUCUAAAGCUCAUCUUCAGCCCUAAUCUGCGCUCUCUCACCUCUGCUCCUCGCUCAGUUAUCUCCUACUGCCUAUUCCAGCACCAU